AAGAUAUACAGCUGGAAAUGGACAAGGAGCGGUGUUUGGUGAUACGUGGAGAGAGGAAUUCCCAAGACAUGGGAAUGCUAAGGUGGAAAUGGCGGGUGGUGGAGAGUGGCAGUCCAAGCAAGCCUUUCAAAAUCCCAGAGGACGUGAAUGUGGUUGGAAUAAGAGCCAGCUUUGAGCAGGGUCUCCUCCAUCUUGCCAUGCCAAAAGUUACCCACAACAGAUUUACUCCUUAUCACGUCUUCCACAUUCACUCCUCCCAUCAUCCUCCUCUUGCCCAUCGCCCACAUCAACCUCACAAACAAGAAGAAGAAAAUAACAUGGGUGAUAAAUUGGCAAGUAUUUCUGGGGAUGCCGAUAUGAAGAUUGAGCCAUUGUCACCGGGGCAUCCAGAAGAAGAAGAAGAAGAUGGUAAAAUGUUGUCAGAGGUUCCAGCAAGAGAGUAUGCACCAUCGAAUUCUGUGAAAUCAGUAGAUGAUUCAAUGAAGAAGGAAGUGUGUGUUUCUCAAUCUGAGAAUCAACAGGAAGAUGUUAUGCAUGAAAAACGUGGAGAUGUAGAAGAGAAAAUUGGUAAAGGCAUUGAAGCUGAGGGGACAGCAGGGGCCUUUUCCUUCAAGAUGACUAGUGCACCAGAUUCUCAAGAAAAGCAAACAAUGGAACGUGGGCCAGAGAAAAGAUUUUAUAAAAAAGCAAAAGAAGAAAGAGUUAGGUCUGAGCAUCCCAAGCCAGUGUUAUGCAAAGGCUUAUCACAUAUAUUCUCUGCUAUUGCUGCAAUUGCUCGUCGUAAGCGGCGGCACUGAUAAGAAUCAUGUGCUUGUCUGGGUUUAGUUUUUUCAGAGAGGAUCUCUUUUCUUGUCUAUUACAUUUAUUCUCUUGUGGCUUAAAGCCCACUGCUAAAUCUUCAUUCUCUGAAUGAA